UUCUUUCUUGUCCGAUUCCUUCAAGAGUCAAAAGCCAUCGUUUCCUCUGUUGCAGUCUCGCUACAUCUCCAUCUAGCGUUCUUCAAAACCACCAUAGUCCCUCGGUCUACGGCGUCGGAGCUGCUGCAACCUCCUUUUCACUUCCUAUCUGCAGUGCCACCCCCACCACAAAGAUAUUUUGUCAUGCCUGUAAUGCAAUGUGGAGUGUGGACCAGUUAGACAUAUCCUUCCAUUAGUUCCUGACAUUUCUGUCUAAACAAUGGAUAGGAUUGUCCUGGUGAACACUAAAGCAUAGAAACUUGCAAAGAUUCUAAACAAAGAUGGCCAGUGAAGAAAAAACUCUAGUGGAAGUCUUGGAAGAGAAUAACCCUAUUGAUCUUGCCAAAUACAUUAAUUACGUCAGUGCUUCACAGGCUGGUGCUAUAGCUACAUUUUCAGGCACAACUCGGGACACAUUUGAAGGGAAGGUAGUAGUGGAGCUAAGAUAUGAAGCAUAUGUACCAAUGGCAGUACGCCAGAUCAAAUCCAUAUGUUCAUCAGCUAGAUUAUCUUGGAAUGUCCACUCUAUUGCUGUUGCACACCGCCUGGGUCCAGUUGCAGUUGGAGAAACUAGUGUGUUCAUUGCAGUAUCCGCUGUUCAUCGAGCUGAUGCUCUGGAUGCUUGUAAGUUUGUUAUUGAUGAGCUAAAGGCAUCUGUUCCCAUAUGGAAGAAGGAGGUUUAUUCCAAUGGAGAGGUUUGGAAGGAGAAUUCAGAGUUUUUGGAGAGGAGGCAGGAAAUAGGUAAGACUGGGGGUUGCUGCAGCAAAAAGGUCGAGGUUAAGGCGCAUGGCACAAAGGGCUGCUGUGGAGCUAAGGUCAAAGUGAAUGAAGAAGCUGCAAAGAUGAGCACCGAUGCUGAAGCUGAGAAUUAGAAAAAUUCGAUGGCAAGAAUUUCACCUUGACUUACUGUUUAAACACAAGAUUUGACAUUGAAUUUGAGCCUGUUUUGUACCGGUAUAUGUAACUUUACUUUUCGAAACAAACUGCAGGUUCCUAUUCA